AUUCCGUGCCGUGAAGGCAUCUCCGCCUGUUUCCUCAGGGAAGCCGAGCAUGUGUACAGUUUUAUUUACAUUAACCCCAGCUUGCCGCCAGUUUACGGACCUUUAAGUUAACUACGGUGAGCUGUAAAGGACGAGGAAUGGCAGGCCUUUGGAGAGGCUACCAGGCCUUGAUGACUAAAUACCCCUGGACAGUCCAGAUAGUGACAGCGGGGUCUUUAGUGGGUGUCGGUGAUGUCAUCUCCCAGCAGCUGAUCGAGAGGAGAGGAUUGGCUAACCACAACGUGCAGAGGACGGCUAAGAUGAUGAGUAUUGGUUUCUUCUUUGUGGGCCCUGUCAUCGGCAGCUGGUACAAGGUUUUGGACCGACUGGUUGUUGGAGGAACCAAAAGUGCUGCUAUGAAGAAAAUGCUGGUUGACCAGCUGUGUUUUGCGCCGUGCUUUCUGGGAGCCUUCCUCUGUAUCUCUGGUGCGCUGAAUGGACUGACAGUCGAGGAGAACGUCACCAAGCUCAGGAGGGACUACACAGAUGCCCUGAUCUCUAAUUACUAUCUUUGGCCUCCAGUCCAGAUUGCCAAUUUCUACUUCAUUCCUCUGCACCACAGGCUGGCUGUCGUCCAGGUCGUUGCUGUUGCUUGGAACUCCUACCUGACCUGGAAGGCCAAUAAGAUGUGAAGGACGCUCACAAGUCCAGCCUGUGUCGUUCUCGCUGAUGAUUACUUUGCACUCAUUCGUAGUGCGUGUGACAUGGGCGUAACUUACUUUAGGCUACUUAGUCUGCUGGUAUUUCCAAUGUGUAAAGCUGUGACUGAGUCACGCGUAAAGGUCGGGAGAAACGGCUCGUCUACUCCGACUGACAAAUUCACACUUGAAAGUCAAACUUGCAUUUGCAGAAAUGUCUGUGAAAGUUUGUUAUUUAUGGAAAUGGGAUUUGGCGGUGGUGCUGCAGUGUAUCCACACAUACACACUCAUACAUUAACACCUAUUGCUCACAAAGGAAACUUUUCUGCUCUCUUUAGUGUAUUGACAUCAUUGUUUUUGUACUAUGUGUAGUUUUUUUUUCCAAUAAUGGACUUUUAGUCAGAUAUUUUAAGUGCAUUCCAGAGUUUCUAAUAAUGUGAUUUUAGUUUACAUAGUUGCGUUUUUUUUACUUUGUCUAAACCUGCCUCGUCUUUUACUUCAUUUUCCUGAAUUUGACAGAUGAAGAGGUCAAAACUCCUGCAGCAUUUACAAAGCUGCAUUACUGGAUUAAAUUGAUUUGGCUUGGGGCCUUUUUUUUUAAAUUUCUUUUUAAAAAAAAUCAGAGUAAUGACGUUUUUCUACAUUCGAGAAGUGUUGCAGCAGAUUUGACAUCUUCAGACUGUCUUCUUUCCUCUGUGAAGCUUGCAAGCAGGUGAGGUUGUGUCAACCAUCUCUACUCUUCUUUUACAUUUGACAGAUCUCAGGAAAAAUCUGAUAUAAAUGGACAAGAUGCCACAUUUUGUUUUUACUCAGAUUACACCAUCUCUUAUCUGCUUUGAUUUUAUUUUGUCGGUCAAGGUUCCUGUGGUUAAAGUACCUAACCUAACAUCAUGGCUAUGUAAAGAAAAAGCCUUGAGUUUGCAGAGAGUUGAAUGAUACAAGCUCAAUAUGUCUCUGGUGUCUGCAACCACCAAGCUUAUCCUAUUUUAAAGGCUGGAAACAGAAAACAGUUAACUGGAAGUUGUGGUCAGAUGUUUAUGCUCAGAUUUACAUACUUGCUUUAAAAUCGUGGUUGUUAGUAAGGCAGCUGUUUACUCCUGUUUCCAGUCUUUUAUUGGGUUGGCUAUCACUGUGGUCCAGUGGUUCACACUGCUGCUGCCUCACCCCAAUAAAGCAUUUCUGCCCCUGUAGGUUUUCUGCAGACACGGGCAUGCCAGGAUAAUUCAAUUCAAUUUUAUUUAUAAAGUACCAAAUUACAACAACAGUUGCCUCAAAGCGCUUUAUAUUGAAAAGUACAAUAGACCCUACAAUACUACAGAGAAGAAAUGAUUGUAAAUUGGAUUUGGUUCUGAAUUCAAACUAAAGUGCAUAGAAUAAACCAUUGUAUAAACGCGUGUUUGCUUCCUGUAGUCUAAAGCACUUUGAGUGUUCAGUAAGGACAGAAAACUGCUAUGCAAGUGCAAAUACAUUAAUGCAACACUAACAUAACGUGUCAUAAAAACACGAGUGAGAUCAGUCUUCUCUCUGCGAGGACAGUCAUAUUUACUCAGAUGUCAAACUGUUCCUUUAACAGUCAGCGUCACAUUUUUUCUGUCAAACUGUAGCUGCUGAAGAGUCACCACUAAUCCACAACAUAACCCAGGAUCAUGCUAGUGCUGCAUUCCCCUUUUUCAGGACAUGAAGAAUCGUUAUAUCCAUAAUGUGCACAUUUUUGAUAAAUAAAGGUCACAUCUGGUGUAAGAGCUAAUAAAGUUUUACAUGAGUUGA